AUGUGGGCAUGUCAUACGGCAGAAUUUUCGAUCCUUUCGACUCUCUUGGAAGUGACCAAAUGUAGCGUAUAUGUGGACGAUGUCCGUUGGGAGCCAAAAGUAUUCGACGCUUUUGCAUUACCUGAGGGCAAGAAGGACCUGGAUUUGUCCCUGGCAGAAGCUCGUGCUGGAGGCGUGAACACGUUUCCGUUCGAUGGCAUUGUUCCAGGUAAUGAAUUGUUCUUAUGCAAGUUGUUUCCCAAACGGUCUUCUCUUGUACAGAUUGACAACUUCGACAGUGGGCCGCUGGGAAUGGGGAAAGACAUUGACCACCGAGGCAGUAUCCGAGCAUUUGAAGAAGGCCACUCUCCUCUGUAA